GCCGUCCCAGGCUUGCAUCAUCCGCCUUUCAACCCCACAUGAUCAGUCUAUCCUAGUCUGUCUGGGUGCGUGCUGUCCACGGAGCCGAAGCCGCUCUAAGCCCCAAUCUCGAACUGCUCCUCAGAGUUUCCCACUCCAACCUAUCUAUUAGGCAUAGAAAGCUUCUCUCGCUACCUUUUCUCGAAAGAGUUGGAAGGGCUCAGAAAACAUCGACUAUCACACAAGCAAGAAGAUGAGCCUCAACAAGAGCUUGCCGUUUCGCCGGCCUUACGACUCACCAGAAGGCUACUACGUGACACAUCCAAAUGGUCAAAUCAGUCAUUAUCAUCUCGACACAUUUACAGAUCCAUGGCUCCCAGCUUCCAAGAAGCCCGUCAUCAUGUUGAACCAUGGCUGCGCCCGCACAUCAGAAGUGUGGUACCACUGGGUUCCUCGUCUUUCGCGCGACUUUGUGGUGAUCCGGCGCGACAAUCGCGGACAUGGCAAGUCCAGCUUCCCCAAGCGUCUGUCUCCAUGGUCGGACCAAGAGCACAAUGACUACGAGAACAACUACCAGUGGGACAUUGACACCAUGCUGGAGGAGAUUGUGGACAUGCUGGACCAACUUGGGGUCGAGAAGGUCAUUUUCUUCGGCGAGGCCACCUCUGGGGAAGUUGGACAUGCAUUUGCUGCCAAGUAUCCAUCGCGGAUCACCGCCCUGAUCACUUGCUCCUCGCCCACGGCGCUGCCGCCAUCGGCGAUCGAAUUGUUCUCUGUGGGAGAGCGGUCGUGGCCCGAAGCCGUGAUCAAGCUGGGUGCAAAGGGGUGGAACCUGGCACUGGGGAAAAACCCCGGCACCCUGCCACAAAAGUCGGCAUAUCUCGACUGGCUGGUCGACGAGGCUGGAAAGACACACAAAGAAGGACUGGCCGGGUAUGUCAUCUUCCUCACCAAACUAAUCUCCAAGCCUUUUCUCAAGAACAUCAAGUGCCCAUACCUGAUACUGGCACCGACCAACAGCGCAGCGGUUCCGAUUAGUGAGUCGGAAUGGAUUGCCUCUCAAGUAUCGCAAGCAGAACUGGUCAAAAUUGAGGCACCGGGUCACGAGAUCUUCGCCGAAGCACCCGAUGCCUGUAUUGAUGCUACUUUGAAAUUUCUACACGACCUCGACAUAGGCACAAAGUAAUGGCUUUGAAAAGGCAACGUCACACAUGGUAUUGGGCUAGCUUAUUUCUUAAAAACCAUGGAUCCGGUACUGUGAAAUUGGCUUCGAUAAACCAUCUCCACGGACCUACAAUACUAGUAUUCCUUUUACUGCUGUUCGA